AUGCAUUUCUCAGCUCUCCUCCCUCUCGUGGCGCUGCCCGCAGCAUUAGGCCAACUUAACCAGCUGGCCACGGCGAAAGGACUCAAAUAUUUCGGCUCUGCGACAGACAAUCCUGAACUUUCGGAUGCGCCGUAUCUGGCGAUCCUAUCUGAUGUGAAGGAAUUCGGACAGAUAACGCCUGGGAAUGCGCAGAAGUGGCAGUACACGGAACCAACUCAGGGAACAUUCAGCUGGACGCAGGCGGAUACGAUUGCCAACCUUUCGAGGACGAAUGGCCAGCUUUUGAGAUGCCAUACUCUUGUCUGGCACCAACAGCUUCCAAACUGGCUCACUUCUGGGACAUGGACGAAUGAGACGCUCAUUGCUGCCUUGAAGAAUCACAUCGCGAAUGAGGUCACACACUUCAAAGGACAGUGCUACGCAUGGGAUGUUGUUAACGAGGCGUUCAAUGAAGACGGUACAUAUCGAACCAGCAUUUUCUACAACACCAUUGGCGCUGAAUACAUCCCCAUCGCAUUCGCCACCGCUGCAGAAUAUGAUCCAGACGUGAAGCUCUACUACAACGACUACAACAUCGAAUCCGCAGGCAACAAAGCCACUGCCGCCCUGAACCUUGUGAAGAGUCUCAAAUCCCGCGGAAUCAAAAUUGACGGCGUCGGAAUGCAAGCCCAUUUCAUCGUCGGCUCCACACCCAGUCUCUCUGCCCAAACCGCCAAUCUGGGAUCUUUCACCGCACAAGGCGUCGAAGUCGCCUAUACCGAGCUCGAUAUCCGCUUCACUUCCCUCCCAUCAACUGCCAGCGGAGUCGCCCAACAAUCCACCGACUACGCCAACACCGUCUCCGCAUGUGUUGCGACGCCGAAUUGUGUCGGUAUCACUAUCUGGGACUUUACGGACAAGUACUCGUGGAUCCCGUCGACGUUCUCGGGACAGGGAGAUGCGCUGCUGUGGAAUGCGAAUCUGGUGAAGAAGCCGGCGUAUACGGCCGUGGUGAAUGUUUUGGGUGGGAGUGUGGGUUUGUCUACAAGUACUGUGACUGCGACGUCGACGUCGACUUCGAAAGCGUCUUCGACUUUGACUUCUACUUCGAGAGCUAUAACGACUUCGAGCGCGACGACAACGACGGGAACGACCACAUCUACUGCACCCACCAGCUCGGCGACUGUAGCGGCUGUUGGGAAGUGGGGACAGUGUGGUGGGUUGACUUACACUGGUUCGACAACUUGUGUCGCCGGUACUGUUUGUAAGUACCAGAACGACUACUACUCGCAGUGCUUGUAA